CUCAACAUGGCGGCGGCGCCCGGGCUCGGUUCCGGCCUGGCUCGGAGGUAGCGGCGGCGGCGGCGGCGAGACGAGGCGGCGGCGGCGGCCAUGCACUUCUCCAUCCCGGAGACCGAGACCCGCGCCGGGGACGGCGGCGGGGGCGGCAGCAGCACCGCGGCCUACGUGGCCUACAGCAUCCACGUGAACGGGGUCUUGCACUGCCAAGUGCGCUACAGCCAGUUGCUGGGCCUGCACGAACAGCUGAGGAAAGAAUAUGGCGCCAACGUGGUGCCUGCCUUUCCGCCAAAGAAGAUCUUCACCCUCACCCCCGUGGAGGUGGAGCAGCGGCGGGAGCAGCUGGAGAAGUACAUGCAAGCCGUGCGUCAGGACCCCUUGCUGGGAGGCAGCGAGAUCUUCAACAGCUUCCUGCGCAAAGCCCAGCAGGAGACCCAGCAGAUCCCCACUGAGGAGGCGCACCUGGAGGUGCUGCUGUCCAACGGGCAGAAGGUGAAAGUCAACAUCCUCACGUCAGACCAAACGGAAGAUGUCCUGGAGGCUGUGGCCUCGAAGCUGGACUUGCCAGAGGACUUGAUUGGCUACUUUCAUCUCUUCCUGGUGCGGGAAGCCAAGGACGGAGCCUUUUCCUUCAUCCGGAAGCUGCAAGAGUUUGAGUUGCCCUACGUGUCGGUGACUAGCCUCCGCAACCCCGAGUACAAGAUCCUCCUGCGCAAGAGCUACUGGGACUCUGCCUAUGAUGAGGAUGUCAUGGAGCAGCAGGUGGGGCUGAACUUGCUCUACGCCCAGACAGUUGCAGACAUCGAGAGGGGCUGGAUCCUUGCCAACAAGGAGCAGCACCGUCAGCUGAAGUCCCUGCAGGAGAAGGUCUCCAAGAAGGAGUUCAUCCGCUUGGCACAGACCCUCAAGUAUUACGGCUAUCUCAAAUUCGACCCCUGUGUCACGGACUUCCCCGAGAAGGGCUGCCAUGUCAUUGUUGGGGCAGGGAACAGUGAGCUGAACUUCCAGGUCAAGCUGCCCAAUGACCAGAUCAAGGAGGGGAGUUUCAAGGUGACCCGGAUGCGCUGCUGGCGGGUUACGUCCUCGGUGCCUGUGCACAAUGGGACGUCCGCCACCACUGCCGGCAAGUCGGAGGUGAAGCUGGAACUUGCCUUUGAGUAUCUGAUGAGUAAGGAUCGCCUGCAGUGGGUCACGAUCACCAGCCCACAGGCCAUAAUGCUGAGCAUCUGCUUGCAGUCUAUGGUGGAUGAGCUGAUGGUGAAGAAGUCAGGAGGCAGCAUCCGGAAGAUGUUCCGCAGGCGCCCCAACGGAACCCUGCAGCAGCCAGGCAGCCAGCAAGCCCUGAAGUCUCCCCCUCUUUUGGAUUCUCCCGACGGCAGCAGGGAAUCUAUUGCAAAGGUCUCGAGCAAACUUGGCUCAGUCAGCCUGCGGGCCAUCAGCCAUUCCAGCUCUUCUGCCGACCUGGGGGCCGAUGAUUUCCACGGCAACUACGCCUUUGAGGGCAUUGGCGAGGAGGACCUCUAGGGCCCCUGCCCUAGCCCACCUCCACAGAAUGUACAGCCUCCUCCUGGGCGGAUCUCAACGUGCCUCAACACCCCCCAGCCAGCUGCCGGGCCUCCAACAGCGGAGGGAUGCGGGGCGGCGGCGGCGGCUGGUGGCUUCAGCUCCGUACGCACCAAACUAGGGUAGAGUUGGACUUUUGCACCGGGAGUGGACACGGCUCGGGUGCCUCCCCGUAGACCAAUGCAUAACCGCUAGGCUUGUAACCUUGUUUAUCUUUCUGCUGUUUACAGAUGAACAUUAACAAAUGUUUGUGACAAUGAUUAAAUAGAUCAUGAUUGGGA